AUGUCACAAAGAAAAUUAUUACAAGAGAUUGAUAAAGUCUUCAAGAAAGUUAAAGAAGGUCUAGAGAUCUUUGAUGGCUACUAUGACAAGCUUCAAAAUUGUGAAAGUCAGUCUCAAAAGGAAAAAAUUGAAGGUGAUUUGAAAAGAGAAAUCAAGAAAUUACAAAGACAAAGAGAUCAAAUAAAGAAUUGGUUAAGUGGUAAUGAUGUUAAAGAUAAGAAUAAUUUAUUGGAAAAUAGAAGAUUGAUUGAAAAUGCCAUGGAAAGAUUCAAAACUGUGGAAAAGGAUAUGAAAACUAAAGCUUUCUCCAAAGAAGGUUUAAGUAUGCAAAGAAUAGAUCCAAAAGAGAAGGAAAAAAAUGAACAAGCUGAUUUCAUACAUUCACAAUUGGAAGAAUUACAAUUACAAAGUGAAAAGCAUGAAGCAACAAUUGAUCAAAUUCAUAAUUCUGUUAAAAAGGGUAAAAAAUUAGAUAAUUCUAAACAACAAGAAAUUGAAAGUCUAAAUGAAUUAAUAUCAAGAAAUAAAUGGCAUUCAGAGAAAAUGGAAUUAAUCUUAAGAUUAUUAGAAAAUGAUGAUAUUGAAUCAGAGCAAGUUGCUACAUUACAAGAAGAUAUUAAAUAUUAUGUUGAAAAUAAUGAAGAUGUUGAUUUUAUUGAAGAUGAAGGUAUUUAUGAUGAAUUGGGAUUAGAAGAUAUUGAAGAUAUUUAUGGUCAUAUUGGUGAUUAUCCACAUGCUGAAGAUGUUGAUCACGAUCAUGGAUCAUCACCAAUUCAACAACAUCAUACACCUCAAAAGAAAUCAUCAAUUAGCGCACAACCAAGUGCUCCUUCAACUGCCAACACGACAACAACAACAAACAACAACCACAACAACAAUCAUAACACUAACAAUAGUCAUGGUUUACCUGCUUCUCAAUCAACAGCAGCUCCAAGUACUAAUUUGCAUAAUAAUGGUCCUAUAAAACCACCAGGAUUAUCAAAUACAAAUAUUAAUGUUCCAUCUCCAAGAAGUACAACUCCAGGAUUAAUAAGUUUAAAACCAUCAGUUGCACCAGUGAAAACGGAUUUGAAGUAUUCAUCAGUUCUGUCAGCUGGUGUUAACUCAAACAAUAAUACACCAACAAAUCCAUCAGCAAAUAUUGCAUCAACAACAAGUACUACUGCUUCUCCUUCCACCAAUACAAAUAAUAUUAAUACACCACCUGCAUCAAAAAUCAACUUGAAUACUAGUAAUACAGCUACUACACCAUCACAAGCACCACCUGGAUUAAGUAAAACAAAUACAAAUAUUACAAAUGAUAGUAGAGAAGGUACACAAUCUCCAAUAUUAAUACCAAAUGGUUUCCAAGAUUUACUUUCAUCAUUUGAAAAAACCAAAAAUUUAAUUAUAAAUCCUGUGCCUUUCCAAAAAAUUUCUAAAAUCUUAGAAACUUCUUUACUGAAUUGUCCAGAUUCUUUAGAUUCUGAUAAACCAAAAAAUUAUAUUCCAAAUAAUCCACAUCCAACAUCAAUUUAUUAUCCUCAAGAACCAUUAGCAGAAUUAAAUUAUUCCAUAAUUGUUAAGAAAUUAGAUGAAUCAACAUUAUUUUAUAAUUUUUAUUUUGAUCAAGGUAAAUAUAUUCAAAUUCAAAAUGCUCAAGAAUUAGUUAAAAGAGGUUGGAUUUUCAAUAAGAUAAAUAAAAAAUGGUGGAAAAAAUUUGAAGACAUUCAACCACCUCCAACUCCUUUAUCAAAUGGUAAUAGUAAUCAAGAAUCAUCACAAGCUGAAAAAAAAUUUUUUUGGAAAUAUUUUGAUUAUGAAGAUACUUGGUUAUCACGUCGUAAAGAUGAUUUUAAACCAAAUUCUGAAGAAUUGGUCACUGAAUUUUGA